GUUCCAGCUCCUCACUAGCUACAUAUAGUCACUAGCCAAGAUGUUCAAUUGGGAACUGAUGUUGAGAAUAUAGUGUUUAUUUUCUUGAAGAUUCCGGGUUUAUCGUUUCUGAGGCUAAAUAACGAAGGCGUUUGUUCUUAAUUUUUUUUUUAUACUAAACUACGCAUGUGAUGUUGUGAUAAUAAACUUAAUUUUUAAAAACUAACAUAUAUUGAUAUAACGUUUUUUACAACUUUUAAAAGAGUGAAGACACAAUGGCAGCAAUUUUAGCUCAGUUUGGAGGAAAUCCAUUUGCCACACCUGUUGGACAGAAAAUUGAACAGGCUACAGAUGCCUCUUUAGCAUCAGAAAACUGGGCUUUAAACAUGGAAAUAUGUGAUCUCAUUAACGAAACUGAUGAGGGACCUAAAGAUGCAGUCAAAGCUGUAAGAAAGAGAUUGCAACAGAAUGCUGGCAAGAAUUAUACUGUAGUCAUGUACACACUUACAGUUUUAGAAACCUGUGUAAAGAACUGUGGGAAGAGAUUUCACUUGCUUAUUACGCAAAAAGAUUUUAUUGUGGACUUAGUAAAGUUGAUUGGACCAAAAAAUGACCCUCCUGCUGCUGUUCAAGAGAAGGUGCUGAGUCUAAUACAAAGUUGGGCUGAUGCUUUCCGUACAAAUUCAGAAAUGCAAGGAGUUGUCCAGGUUUAUCAGGAUUUGAAGCAGAAAGGUAUUGAGUUUCCAAUGACAGACUUAGAGACCAUGGCUCCAAUACAUACACCACAAAGGAGCAUACCAUUCCAUCAGCAAUCUCAUGGUGAAGUGGAACGAUCACCACAACCUGUAGAUCACCAUGCUCAACAUCCAGUAGCCCAUCAGGUAAGUCCGGUACGAAACUCGGGUCCUUUAAAUUUGUCAUCUGAGCAACUGGCAAAGCUUAAAAGUGAACUGGAUGUAGUCCAAGGAAAUAUGAAGGUAUUUGGAGAAAUGUUAACAGAAAUGACCCCUGGAAAGGAACAUGAUAGUGACUGGGAACUUCUUCAGGAUUUACAGCGAACCUGUCGAGCUAUGCAAAGUCGUGUUGUAGAACUCAUAGACAGAAUUGCCAAUGAAGAAGUUACAAAUGAGCUCCUAAGGAUUAAUGAUGAGCUGAACAACUUGUUUCUUCGUUACGAAAGAUAUGACAAGAAAAAAACCCUAGUUAGUCAAAGCCAGCCAGUACAAACUCAGCCAAAACAGGAAAAUGGAGCUGAUGAGAAAUCACUAAUAGACUUUGGUGAGAACGGUACUGCAGGCAGUGACAAUAUCCAGGCUCAACUAGCAGGAUUGGACUUGGGAUCUACAAAUGCCACUAGUGCUAUUAGUCAGAUAACAAUGGUGUCAGCAACAAACCAACCACAAAAUGAAAAUCAGACAGAAAAUGAUGAUUUUGAUAUGUUUGCCCAGUCUCGAAAUAUUUCAUGUGAACAAACCAGAACAAGUGGCAGCAUAUGUGAGGAUAACACAAAUCAGAAUCAGAUUGGUGUAAGUCUUGGCUCAUUCACAUCUGCUAAGGGUACAUCUCAUGAGGAGGAAGAUAUGAUUCAAAAGUUACACAGAGAACAAGAUUUUGAUGAAAUGGAAAGAUGGUUAGAAGAUAAACCUACUGCAGACAAAGGGGACCAACCUACUAUUACCAGUUCAGAAUUCGACCGUUUCUUGGCAGAGAGAGCAGCUAAAGCUGAACAGCUGCCAGUGGUGACAACAGCUGGUGAUACUCAGGCAACAACUUCCACUAACUCAUCAGGAAGGAGAACCAUGGAUAGAGCUGGAGAAGAGAAUUCUUUGUUUGCCUUGUAAAACUGUGUUCUCAACAUGGAAAAGAAAUACAGUAUAGUUUUCAACAGCUAAGAAAUUUAGCACUUUUUGAAAUCUGCAAAACUAUAUUAGGUGUCAGCUUUUCAGCCUUUUCAAUCCUCGUAACGCAGAGCUAAGAACAUGUAAAAUUUUGCAAUUAGGGCAAGUGAAAAGAAAGACCUUCCCUUAUCAGUUUAUUUUUUGCUUACUUGUGUUAAAUACCUAUUUACAACCACACACACACACACACACAAUCACAUACUUAUUUUGACUAACAUAUACAAAAUGUAUUGUAAUAUUGAAUUAGCUUGUAUAAGAGAAUCAUAAUAAGUUCAAAUGUUGUAUAUUUAAACUACAUAUAUAUAUAUAUAUACACACACACACAUUUUCUGUCAAAAAAGAUAUUUGUCUUCUUUACUAUUAAUUAUUCAGGUAGUGAAUUAAAUUUACAUUAUUUUUAAACAUUUAUUAUGAACUGUAUUGAACUCACAAGGUCUUGGAAAUUAAUGUGUCAGUAGAAAAACAUAUAGCAUUUUUUGUUUGGAAGAGUUGGAAUUGUAUUAGAAUAUUAAGUUCUAUCUACACUGCGUAGUUGGUUGUAAUCAGUUUUAAAUUUCUUUGUUAUACUUGCCUGCCUGCUUGACAGAAUGUGAAUCAAAAUAUAUAUUUUAUAUGUGGGUUAAUAGGUCACUUUACUAAAGGUUGUUGCUAUAAUUUCAUGACUAUUAUAUGAAUAUAUUGUUAGCUGAUAUUAUGGAAAUAGUUUCAGUUUUGUAAACAUCGUAUAUGCACAGUUUCGAAGUUUGCUUAUAUAGUAAAAAGGCAUAUAUUUCAUACAUAUUAAUGAUAAGUGUUUCAAAGCAUUUUUUUUAUAUUUCUGCAUAUGUUAGUUUGGAAAAAAUGCUUUUAAUAUGAUAACCAUAUUUAAUCUGGAUAUCUUUCAUACAUUUUUUUUUAUUCAAAGAGUAUUUAAGUCGUAUAUCUGCAUACAUGCAAGUCGAUUAAGGUUAUACUCUUCAGUGAAAAUCUGUUUAAUAAAAGUACAUAAUAUACAGCUGUUGUGAUUCAAAGUUGCUUCAUUCCUACAAUAUGUUAGAUGAGAAUGUUUUGACUGAAGUAGUAGAAGUUUAUGGUUAUCGAAGGCCAGUAGUUGUUGCUAUUAUGCAUCAAAUUUGCUAGUAAAUUUGUAUCUUUUUUUUUUAGCUUUAUGAAUGGCAUAAAAGUUUCUCAUUUAGUCUGUGCCCAUUCCAGAUAUUUAAAAGGAGUGUGUUUGAUGUUUUAGUGAUAUUGUGAUGGUGAGCAUCUCAAAGCACUUAGUUGUGUCAUAAUCUCAAAGACAUAAAUUUUGAUUCUGUUUUGUGAGGUUUCAAGAAAAGAAUCUUUAUCUUUGGUAGCCCGAAAAUUUGAAAAUCAAAAAAGUUAACAGCAUCAGGAAAUUUGACAUUUGAAUAAACCAUAGUUUAGUAUACCAAGCUCAGGUUGGCAUUCAGAAACAUGAUUCUCACCACACAACCUAUUUAUCAGCUAGGCACGCAUUUCAAAAUAUGAUUCACAUCUGGUUUGUACAGUUUGUUGCUCAACCAGGGUUGCAUUUAGAAUUAUGGUUUUUUUUCAGGAGCAAAAAUAUGGUACUUUUAUCAUCCAGGUUUAUAUUCAGAAAUAAUGUUCAAAUUUGAAGCAGUAGGUCAUUUAGGAUUAUUGCCUAAUAUUGGAUAGUUAUUGGGUUCACUGGCAUUGCAUUUAGAAACACAUUCCAUAACUAACAAAUAUAGGCUGUUUAAUAACCAGAAUUGUAUCACUAAUCAAUCAGGUUUGUAUUCAGCUUGUAAUUGAACAAACAAGUUUUUGUAUUCUCAAACAAGAUUCGCAUCUGGAGCACCUUAUUUGCUCAAAAAUUAACCUAGAGACAUUGAGAAACCAUUUGGUCCUUCUAGACUACCCUUGCACACGCACCCUUGGGAAAUUUAAAUUCACCCUUUGUUUUUCAGGAAAUAAUCAAUUCUUUACUAAACCCCUUUAAAGUGCUGCCCUCCACUACUGCCAAUGACAGUUCAUUCCUUAAGUCAGUCACCUUGUUAAAAAAACGAAAUUGUCUUAAUUGAAGCCUAGUUUGUCUUUACAUAUCUUAAACUUGAGUUCUCUUGUCCUGUUAUCUUCAGAAUAUAGCACAUAGAAACCAGAGGCUUUAAUGUUAUUGAUCCCCUUAAUAGUCUUGUAAACUUCAAUAAGAUCACCACAUAUCCUUCUUUUCUUGAGGGAAAAUAAAUUAUGGGGUCUUAACAUAUCCAUUUAAAAUAACACUUUCAUCCAUGGAACCAUCCUAAUAGCCUUCUUCUGAACUCUUUCCAAUAGUUAUUAGUUAUCAUAGGUUUGUUUUUAGAAACAUGUUCUAUAUCUGGAACUCAAUCUUUGGUUUAUCAGCCAAUUUUUUUUUUUUUCAGAAAUUGGGGUCAUGCUGGAAACAUGUUUAUUAAAUAGCCCAACUAAAUAUGUGGUUUAUACUGGAAUACCUCUAUUAAAAGUCUGUAGUUCAUUUCAAGAGUUAUUUGUAUAAAAAAUAAACUAGAAGCACUUUCACUGCAUGCAUGAAACUCUGAAGCUGGGCAUAACAAGUAAUACAAAGUCCUUUGCUUCAGAAUAUUUAGUGAUCAUUUUAGAAACAUACUUAAAAACACAAAACAAAUGUUUUAUAAAUGCAAUUGCAUAAAUCUGAAGUAGGUUUGUAUUAGAUGUAAUAUUUUGCUUUCAUGAUUUGAAAUAGUAUAAAAUCUUUUUACACAUUUUGUGAAGUAUAUAUUAAAACUUUGCAGCAUGUAAACUUUCUGAGAAUUGGGCUUUUCAGUUCAUGAAGUUUUCACUUCCAUAUUAUAAGUUAUAAAAGAGGGAAUGAUAUUUUGUUAGUUUAAAAAUUUUGCAGUAUUUAAUAUUUAGAAUAUUUUAGUGCCCAAAGUAUAAGUAAUUAGGAUGAUUUAUUCAGCAAGGGGUAGGGAAAAGAUUUUGUACAGUUAUGCAGUUCAGGGGAGUUAAAAAUACAAAAGCACUUAUAAUUGCAGAUUUCCAAGAGAAGAAUCAGUUGUGAUUCAAACCCAUGACUUCUCUUUGCAGGGCAGAUGCUCUAAUUUAAUAUGCUGUUGGAUAUUCACUGUCAUUUUUUUUUUCUUUUUUGUUUACAAGAUUGAAUUGGCAAGAAUCUUAAGUUCUGCAAAUCAGCCUGUAAUGCUCAUAAACAAUACAUUGUCAUUUAUGGUAGGAAUUCCAAAGUUAAGUUUCUAGUUGAAUAGAACUGUAAAUGUUUAGUGUGACAGGUUGUCUUAUUUAAUUGUUAAUGGGCAAACUGGUGUUAGAAAUUCACAUUAGGCAACAAAUAUUCACUUCUGAUUUUCAUAAUAUAUUUAUAAGAGAGCUAUUAUAUGUUUAUAGAAAGAUUGCACAGACUAAACUAAUAUUUUAGUGCUACUGAGAAAAUUGUUAACACAACUUAAAAGGCUUUGCAGGACUUUAUAUCCCAGUAUUACCUGCUGAUGAAUUGGCAAGAAUUAGUUUAUUCUUGAACAGUUUAAGGUGAGAUUUACACUUUAUUGCCAGCUUAUUUCUCUGUGAACUCUCAUAUUUCCUAAAUUUAAGCUUUAUCAAUCAUUUUCAUACAGCAUUAGAUUCAGAAAACUAUUAUGAAUUAUGUCGCAUACUAAUGGAAUAAUUCAUGCACUGAUUGCUGAUCUCAUAUAUUCCUGCUGAAAACUAUCAGGCCAUGGAUAUUUAUUUAUGUAGCCUCAGCCUCAGUGGCCAAACUGUUAUUGGGCUCAAAUUUCUAACACACUUUUGUGUAAUAGAAUUUUUGUUAAUCAUCAUACUUAGAUGCAAAGUCACUGGUGUCAAUUUUACUUUUCUGGUGUUGAUACUUUGAAGUGGUAGUACUUUCAUAACAAAGUAAAUGUGGUGGAAAGUUGAUUUUAGUUUAAUAAGAAGAAUGUUUUUGUAAGGCAUCAGCUGUAUUUGUGCUCAAGAUGUUCUUUUGCAUGUUUUUCUCUCCUUUUAUAUUUUGCACCAAUCAUUUCAUUUACAAGCAUUAUGUAUUAGAAAAUUUGUGAUUAUAUUGUAAAACAUAGGUACAUUUUUAUAUUAAAGAAUACAGGUAAAAUAUUCCUGUAAUCUAGACUGUCUGCUAACAUUUUUAUUUCCUUGACUUGAAGACUCACUACUUAUGGCUACUUCCCAAGUGCUGUGCUUUUACAGCGUUCAAUUUUCCAUUGUUUACAACUAUGCAGUUUGAGAGAGUUUGUUAAGAAAGUGUAUGGGAUGAUUAAUUGUGUGUAAUUUAUUUUUUGUGGUGAUUACACGGUGUUUCUUGAACUGUGUUUAUGUAUAGAACAGGAGAUUAAGUACUUAUUAAUAGAAUUAAAUAUUAAGUACACUCCCACUUUCCUUAUAAUGGACAAAUAUGCAUUUGUUAUUAAAAAAGUUUAAAGCUGUUUUUUUCAUGUGGAAUAUCUAUUUGCUGCAGGUUUUAUCUGAUGUUCCAGGAUUUCUAUUCCCAGCAGAUUUUGUGUCUAUUUUUAUUUUAUUCAACUUGUUAGAGAAUCAACUUGUUAUUGUUACACUCAUGAAAGUAAAAGUUGUUUAGUUUCACAGGAAUUACUACAUGUUAAAUAAUAAUAAUAACCUCCUGAUUAAAGAGUUAUCAGGUAGAGAGGUGAACAAAUUAAAAGUGAUUACUUUUCAACAAGUAUGAAGUUUGUUUCUUAUGAUCGUUUAUUUUCUUAUGAAUCAUAAGUGUAAAAUAAGUUAUUUCAGAAAUACAGAAUUUUAUUCUUACAGUUUAUAUAAUGCGAACAUGUUAUAUUUGAUGAGAAACUUGAAAUACUCUGGAUUUAAUUUAUUAGUAUUAUCAAAUGAACUGAAAGAUAAGUUAUAACUAUCAUUAAGAAAAUCUGUCAUGAUUUUUCUGUAUUAAAGUAGUAUUCAAUUCUCUCUCAUGUUUGUAUCUACCUGUUAUCAAUGAACAAAAAGAAGAUUGGCAAAUUAUCAUAUAUGGGCAUGUAUAAAAAUAAAGAAUACUCAUUAUUACUUUCUGACAAUUUUAGCUUAAUAAAAAAUUAUUGAAGAAUAUUAGCUUAAAGAAUGUAUAAAAGUUUGGAAACUUUCCUGAUAAAACAUAUAUGCUUUUCUAAUGAUUUAAUUAACAUACAAACAUAGAAAGAAAUGAAGUUUCCUAUUAAGAAUGUGUGCAAGAGUUGAUAACAUUGUCUUUCAAAAAAUAAAUUGUAAUGAUAAUAAGACAAAAAUGAGGAAGACCUAAAACAAAAUAAAAAUUCAAGAUGCUUCUGUAUUCUGUUGUAUUUUACUCUAGUGGAGAAUUGGUAGUUGUGUUGUAAUGGUGAUGAUUUAUAUUAUUGUAAGUAUAUAAUAUUUUCAUGUUAAUGUAAAAAAAAGAACCUUGUCAAAAAUAUGUUAAAUAAUCAAAGUUGUUCAUAUCUUUCUGAGAUCUGAUAAUUUUGUGAACAUUUGCCCUGAUAUUUACUGAAGUCGUACAUGUAGAACCCUUUAAAACUGAUGUCAGAUUGUAUGAUAAGAGACUUUAACAACUUACUGGUUCAGUACGAUGCUUAGUUACGCUAAAUGAUAUAAAUACUUUGUAAAUCUUGUUGACUGCAAGGUGUUAACAAAACACACUAAAAUUCACACAUUAUUUAGGAAAAUUAUGGGUUUCUUGUUGAUAUCCCAUUAUUGACACUGUAUAAUUUUUCUUUUUGUAGCAGCAGAGCCUUAUUAAAGCUUGAAUGAAGAAAAUUUAAUGUUUUCUUUAAUUACAAUGUUUAAAAAUCUACUAUCAUGUUAAGCUGUUAUUAAUUUUUGGUGGUGAGUAGCAUAGGCUGUUGCAAAAAUUGAAAAAUGGCCUAGAAAUUACAUUUUUAUGUUAGUUAGAUGUGCAUAUUUUUUACUUUUUUUUUGUACAAAUGUACCCAAAAGCAUUUUUUCACCUUUCAUACCUUUUACUUUUCGAGCAUUAAAAAUGUUUCUUAUAUCAAACAGUAUUAAUCUUCA